AUGGCUGACAUGAAUGCUUCGUCGUGGACAACCACGACUUUGGAAACGAAACCAUUCUCCCUCGACAGUGGACACUAUACAGCUCUGGCCUUCGUUCUGGCCGUCUGCAUCCCCCAGGCCCCCCACGGAAGUGCACUUCGUUAUGGAAUAUUUCUUCUCCAAAUUACCUGCGCAGUACAGGCAUUCAUUGCGCCGCCACCCCCAGUACUAGACCGAGCUGUUCUCUACACGUCAGGUGUGCUGAUGGGCAACCUGCUAGCACGCUACUUUGAUCGACUAUACACGACUGUCCCAGAAAAGACAUUCCACCGCAUCAUCGACCCUCAAACCCCUGAGGAUGGAGCCAGGCUUCCAGCACCUGAGCGCCUCUUCUGGGCCCUGGAACUCUUCAGUGUCACCCGCGGUAUUGGCUGGAACUGGCGUGUCGCCGGAAUUCCCAAAUCCCCGGCACCAACAAGCAGAUUCCAAUUCGCUGCUUCCCAACUCCUUAGAUGGAUUGCCAUGUACGCGGGUCUACAUCUAGUCAACAUGGCCUGUCAGCUCGUCUUGUCAAACCCAAACUCCAUCCCCUCGCUUCCUGGCAAUCUGGAAAUCUACACCCUGAUAGUCACCGGCUUCGCCAUCACAAUAUACAGCCAUUUUGCUAUUCUUAUGCUUCCGCUCUCGGCUCUCUGCGUCGGCCUCCAAGUCGGCCCUCGCUCAUGGCAAGAUGUUGCCUCCUGGCCACCGAAUUUUGGCAGUGUUCGCGAAGCAUACAGCAUUCGCCGCUUCUGGGGGUACACAUGGCACCAGCAACUGCGACGACAGGCAGGUGCGCCUGGUGCAUAUCUCAUCAGCUUGCUGCCGGACAGUGUGAGGACGUCCAAACAGACGUCUGUUCGCCUGGGGAGACGAUACUCGCUCCUCUUGAUGAGUUUCGUCGUUUCGGGGCUAGUUCAUGCGUGUGGGUCCUAUCAAGUGACACGAGCGCUCGGCCUUCCCUUGUCGGAUGGUGGGGAAAUGAAGUAUUUUGUGUUUCAGGGGAUGGCAGUUAUUGCUGAAGAUUUGGGCUGUUGGGUGCUAGGUAUUGAUGAUCGGGGAACAAAGGCUGGGGGGAUGCGGCGGUGGGUAGGAUAUGCGGUCACCCUGUCUUGGUAUGUUUGGAGUCGCGUGCAGCUGAAGGGCGUCCCGGUGGCGCUGGCGAUGGGAAUUCGGAAUGAGAGGGGGGAAUUGUUCGCUGCAUUGGAUCUCGUUCAACAGUCUGCUGCGGCGGUGCCGGGAAAUUUCGUGGCGAAGGCGUGGGAGCUGAUUCGGUGA